AAGCUUACCAGUAGACAAGUGGGAGAAAGGAAUGCAAAGAGAUGUAUUACAGCAAGGGCAUGGAGCUGCAAGCAGAUUAUCCAUUUAGAGAACAUAAGAGUCGACUUGGAUAGCCCAGGCUCUACUCCCGGCCCCGUCCCGGCGACCUGCACCCCUGCCCGUCACCUAGGACACCAAACUGUACCCGUGACCUGGAAGCAGGCAAGGAAAAGUGUGGCACGAGCAGCAACCGAAGUCAGACCUCCAGCCACCUUCUCUCCCAGGGAUUGCAAUGGCCAGAGCCGGGAUCACACUGCUGUUGCUCCUGCUGGUAUGGGCGACUGCCUGCGGUGCCCAGCCGAGAGUGGCCCAGGCCAAGACCGAACUCCUCAAUGUCUGCAUGAACGCCAAGCACCACAAGGAAAAGCCAAGCCCUGAGGACAAGUUACAUGAGCAGGGAUCCAAGAGAGGAAGAUGUUCCCUUUUCUCACCGGGUACCUUGUCUGCCAGGUCAGACCAGAGCAGGGAGUGCAGUCCCUGGAGGAAGAACUCCUGCUGCUCCGCCAACACCAGCAGUGAGGCUCACAAGGACAUAUCCUACCUCUACAGAUUCAACUGGGACCACUGCGGCAAGAUGGAGCCCGCCUGCAAGCGGCACUUCAUCCAGGACACCUGUCUCUAUGAGUGCUCCCCGAAUCUGGGGCCCUGGAUCCAGCAGGUGGAUCAGAGCUGGCGCAAAGAGCGCAUCCUGAAUGUGCCCCUCUGCAAAGAAGACUGCCAGCGCUGGUGGGAGGACUGUCGCACCUCCAGCACCUGCAAGAGCAACUGGCACAAGGGCUGGGAUUGGACCUCAGGAUUUAACCAGUGCCCAGUGGGAGCUGCCUGCCACCCUUUCCACUUCUACUUCCCUACACCUGCUGAUCUCUGUGAACAAAUCUGGAGUCACUCCUACAAGCUCAGCAACUACAGCCGAGGGAGUGGCCGUUGCAUCCAGAUGUGGUUCGACCCGGCGCAGGGCAACCCCAAUGAGGAGGUGGCCAGGUUCUAUGCUGAGGCCAUGAGUGGGGCUGGACUACCAGGGACCUGGUCUCUUCUGCUUGGUCUUGCCCUUCUACUGCUCUUGCUGCUCAAUUGAGUCUUUCUCAAAGUGUGCUGGGUCAACUCCAUGGCUCCCAGCUCUCAGGACCUCUCCAUGUCACCAGUUUAAAUAAACCAAACACUCCCCAUG